GUAAAGUUCGGUUAAGUUAGGUUAGCUAACUCAAGUUAACCAAGAUAGGUUGCGGCAACCAACGUGGUUUCACACUGUCUCGGAAAUGGUCAUGCGCGCUACUGCAUCACUAUGCAUUACUAGGCACUUAUAAUACCUUGUACCUAACCCGGAUAAUGGCGGGAAGCUACCGAACUGGCGAUACGUUUCGGCACUAUCAAGCCUUGGGUCAACUCACCGUUGAUAGCCAGGAGCCUCUACAAACUGCAGAGACAACUGAUCAGUAUCCCCUAGGCUGGAAUCCGUCUGGAGCCAGUCAAGAAACCAGUCAAGAACAGGAAGCCAGUCAAGAGCAAACUGACCAUCAAAUUGAUCAACGUGUAGAAAAUUCUGGAAGACAAGGAAGAAAGAGAAAGUCUCGUCAAUUUUCUUAUGAAGAAACGACGUGCCUCAUCAACCUGUGGUCACACUCGCGAAUACAGAAUCUCCUGACAAAGCCUGGUAGCAAGAGCAAAAUAUGGCAGGAAAUAUCACAAGAUCUAGCCAAACAUAAGUUCAUCAGAACACCAGAGCAGUGCAAAGAAAAAAUAAAUAAUCUAAAAAAAGAUUACAGACUGGUCAAGGAUCGAGUAAGAAGAAGUGGAGAAGGAAAUACAACAAGUGAUUUUGCGUACUAUGAUGCUAUGGACAUGGUGUUAGGUGACUGUCCAUCUGUGUCACCUACUAAUCAAGGGCGUCACAUGGGUCCCAAAAGUGGGGGGGCGCAAAUUUGA